UUGAUAGAAACCUUUUUCGCCUGUUUCAGCAAUUGUGACUGGUGGUAUGUACGUCAUCAGCGCACGGGAAAUACGGGAUAUGUACCGAGAAAUUUCGUAGCUAAACAACAAACGAUAGAGAGUGAAGAGUGGUACGCUGGGAAGAUUCCACGAAAUCGUGCUGAACGACUCGUUUUAGCCAAUAAUUUGCCAAAAGGAACGUUUUUGAUUCGUGAACGUGAAGCGGAUGGACGAGAAUUUGCUUUAACAAUUAGGGACUCAGAUGAUCUUCGAGGAGGUUCGGUGAAGCACUACAAGAUUAAACGGCUAGAUCAUGAUCAAGGUUUUUUCAUCACCACCCGAAGGACGUUUCGUACUUUACAGGAGCUUGUUGCUUAUUACUCGGAGAUGGCGGACGGUUUAUGCUGCCAACUAACAUUCCCCGCUCCUCGAAUCGCCCCAACUCGUCCGGAUCUCAGCCAUGAUACUCAACAGAACUGGGAGAUUCCGAGGAAUCAGCUUCAGUUGAAAAGGAAACUUGGCGAUGGUAAUUUCGGCGAGGUGUGGUACGGUAAAUGGCGAGGGAUUGUGGAAGUGGCAAUAAAAACCAUGAAGCCUGGGACAAUGUCACCUGAAGCAUUUUUGGGCGAAGCUCAAAUAAUGAAGCAAUGUGAUCACCCAAAUUUGGUCAAAUUGUACGCGGUCUGCACUCGUGAGGAACCGUUUUACAUCAUCACAGAAUACAUGUGUAAUGGAUCCCUCUUGCAUUAUUUGAGAAACGAAGGCGCUGCUCUUGGAAUUCAAGCGUUGGUGGAUAUGGCUGCUCAGAUUGCGAAUGGGAUGAUGUAUUUGGAAGAAAGAAAACUGGUACACCGUGAUUUGGCUGCUAGGAAUGUCCUCGUUGGCGAGAAAAUCAGUGGCGUCCCGGUUGUCAAGGUAGCUGAUUUCGGUCUUGCUCGAAAGUUGAUGGAGGAAGACAUCUAUGAAGCUCGGACGGGAGCGAAAUUCCCCAUCAAAUGGACGGCUCCGGAAGCGGCUACAUGUGGUAACUUCACUGUAAAAAGCGAUGUCUGGUCAUACGGCAUAUUGUUAUACGAAAUAAUGACAAAAGGACAAGUCCCAUAUCCAGGUGAGUAUCCGUCUAUGUUUUUUUAG